AUGAUUGUAAAUAAAGACUUAUUAGAAUUAGAAAAGAAUAGUAAUAAAACCAAAAUUAAUAAUGGUUUAACAGAACCAAGUGUUUCACCAUUUUUAAUAACACCUCAACAAGCACCAAAAACCAAACCAAAUUUCUUUAAAAUGGAAGAAAGUUCAGUUUUAAAUAGAGUUAAAGAUUUUUUACCAAAAUUAAAAGAAGCAAACAUUGAUUUAAAAAAGAAAAUUGAAAAUAAAGAAGAUGUUAAUAUAGAGAAUAUUAAAGAAGGUGAUGAAUAUAUUCAAAUGAAUUUAGCAUUAGGUAUUUUAGAACAUAAAGAAGAAUUAAGUGAAAACAAUAUAAAAAUUACAUCCAAUAAUAAAAAUAAUAAUAAUAAUAAUAAUAAUAAUACAAAUACACCAAUUUUAGAAAUAAAUAAAGAAAAUGAAAAUGAAAAUAAUAAUAAUAAUGAUAAUAAAAAAAGAAAACAACCAAAUAAUGCCAACAAAACCUGUACAGAUAAUAAUAAUAAAAAUAACAACAAAAACAAUAAUUUAGAUGAACAAAUCAAUUUUAAUCCAGAAAAUAGUAAAAAUAUAUUAGAUAUUAUAAAUACACCACCAUCAAUUAUUGAUAAAUUUGGUUUAAUUUUAGAUAAUAGUGAUGAUGAUGACAAUGAUGAUGAUCUUGAAAAUCAAGAAAAACUCGAACCAUUAGAAAUAAAUUAUUAA